AUGGGGCUGCUCACGGUGCCAGUGAACGAGGAGAUCAUGGGCCAAGCGACCUGGCAAGCUGUGCUGCAACACGCGCUUCAGCGCCGGGAGGUCAUGGACGAAGUCAACGCGGUUACCUCGCUGCACCGUGCUGCAAAACUCUAUCGAGAGGAGGAUGCUGGACGUACGCCACUUCACCUGGUGCAUCACCACGCAGGUUUUCUGUGUCUCCUCGAGCUCACAGAGCACUUCGCCGUAAAAUGCCGACCCCAGCAAAUUGCCAAUGCCCUUUGGGCUUUUGCAGUUUUACUUUUCCGGCACGAGCGGCUGCUUCGCCUUCUGUGCUGGUACGCCGCAGCGAGACUGGCCAUGUUCUUGCCGCAGAACGUCUCCAACUCCGCUUGGGCGCUGGGCACUAUAGGAUAUCAAGACGACGAGCUGCUAGACAUGGUCCCACAACACGUGGCCGCCAACAUUCGGGACUACAGCCCCCAGGAUUUGUCCAACACCUGCUGGGCCUUCGCACGCCUGCAGAAACCUUGCGAUCCACUUUUCCGUCUGAUUCUGGCAGAGUCGUUGGUCCAGCUUCCACGAUUCCAGCCGCAAAACAUGUCCAACUUGAUUUGGGCUUGUGCCACCGUUCUGUUCAAGGAUGAGGCUGCCAUGCGCGCCAUUGCCAGCUUCGCAGCGACACGGGUGGCUGACUUCGGCACCCAGGAGCUCUCGAACUUAACCUGGGGCCUGGCUACCCUUGCCAUUCUUUGCGAAGACUGGAUGGAAGAGAGCGGUGGGGAGAUGACGAGACGGUCAAGGGAUUGCGUUCCUCAGGACCUUUCGAACACUUUGUGGGCAUACGGCACCCUGAAGCACAAGCGAAACGAGCACUUGCGGGCCAUCAACUGGGAGGUCAUGCGCCAGAUCGAGUGGUUCUCACCACAAGGCUUAUCCAAUGUGAUAUGGGGGCUUUCUGCCAUCGAGUACCGCGACAUCAAGGCUCUGACGUGCAUCAGUGAGGAGAUCGUACGCCGUCCCAUGGACCACCUGACGCCACCAGACAUCUCAACGCUGCUGUACAGCUUUGCAGUGCUUGCUUGGUCCCACGAAGAUGCGCUGCUGAAGCUGCGGCGGGCUGUGCGCUUGAAGAUGCCUCAGUUCGCCUCCAGGGAUGUGGCCAACGUGUCCUGGGCUUUGGUCACUUUAUCCCACCGGGAUGACAACAUCUUCCGAAUGCUGAUGGACAAAGCGGAGGCGAUUAUUCCAGAGUUCACAAUCACAGGCCUUUGCAACAUCGCCUGGGCCUUUGUGCGCUUUGGCUUGGAUGUCCCACCUGGGGUGGCACAGGGCAUCGCGCACGAGACCCUCACGCGAGGAGACGAGGUCUUUGAAGAACCUGGCGAUGCAGUGCUUCUCUCCGAUGCCGUUUGCAGCGAGUGGGGCCAUCAUGUUCCGCGGGAAAUCUUCAACCAAUGCGACGCGAUCGGACGCCAGCCCUACGAAGAGGUCUUGACCUUCUUCCAGGACAUGGCAAACAUCCCCUCCAUCAACUGCAGCUCCUCGGAAGCCGAGCUCUACCAGCACAAGGUGACCAGCUUUAAGACCAUCCAGCUUGGUCGGAGGAUGACCUGCGAGAUGCUGCGCAAGUUCGACAUGUUGGAAGAGGAUCCCGACAUCUGCGGUCCUUUACGGCGCUUGCGAGAGGAUUGGCUUCUGCAGGGCAUCCAGUCUGCUUACGAAGCAGAUCCGAUGGAUGCAACUAUGAAGCACAAAACGACAUGCACCUGGAAACUCUCCGGGAGCGACCGGACGCUCACUGACGCCCAAGUGGUUGCGAGCGGGAUGCCUAUGGACGAGCCCAUCAGGUUCGUGGCGUGCGUCGUCGAGCAUUCGCGCUCCAACGAUGCGGAGUUUCAAGUGGUGAACAAAGCAGCGGACCAGCUCCUAAGAAUGCCGGGCGGCCACAACAUGGAGGCCACAUUGCGCUUCGAUGUCAGUGAAAUUCCUUGUCUUUCAUGUAUGGGAGCAUUGCGCCAGUUUCAGAAAUCCUUCCCUCGCGUCCGCAUGCGGGCCUCUUUCAGCAUUCGCAAGGUCAUUGAAGUCUGCCAGGACUGCUCGCAUGACAUCGACCGGAAGCUGGUCGUCCCGCCACGGCAGCCAACAGAUCUGCCGAAACCAACGGCAGAGGAGGUGCUGGAGAAUCGUGGUCGGGGCCGGCCACAACUGCCAACGCCACAGGCCCCCAGUGCACCACAGCGUCGGCAAUUGCGGCGUCCGCCGGCUUUGUCUCCUGCAAAGGUUUCUGAGCUGUUGGACGUCAAGGAGCAGGAGGCUCAAGUGUCGGAUCUGCAUAAGGCCUGCCGAGGUUCGGACACCAGGCCGCCGCCGCCGGUGCCUGUCCAGAGGCCACCGGCCACCCCACAGGUGGGGCAAGCCUGGGCUGCGAGGCCAAGCAGCGGAAGUCGAAUGCAGAGGAGCAGCGGGGUCUUGUGCCCCCAGCUCCGGCCACAAACGCCUGUUCGACACUCCGUCGUAGUCGACGGCGUGCAUCCCGAUGCUGACCAAGAAAAGGGCAGGCCGUGGAGUGUGCGCCUUGCAUUUGAGCCUGGCAGCUUUGAGGUCCUCCACGGCGCAUGGGGUGCAUCGAACACGCUGUCCGAUCUCGCCAAGUGGGUGGCUUCGGACCCCACUCGGAUCGUCGAGGUCAAAGGUUGUGUGCAAGAAGAUGAAGAGGAGAGCCUUGCGCUGGCCCGAAGCCGGAGCGUGCUGGCAACGGUUGCGGGGCAGCUUCAUGUGCCCACAGAGCAGUGCCGUUGCUCAGCCAGUGUGGGCCAGGGGUUUGCCGGCGUGGAACUUCGGGCAAUGACACACGUGGGCUUGGAGGGCCUCUUUAAGGAAGCCAGGUCGCUGGUGCUGGCAGACACCUGCACUGCGAAGCAUGUCGUGUUGGCCGUGGCUGGAGCUGCCACUUCGCCUGCAUCGGCACUGCGUGGGCUGCAGCGCCUGUAUGUUGAGGCGCGGAAACUUGGAUCCGAGUCUUGGGACUUCGCUGUGGAGCCGAGCUCCGAGGGCAUGUUCGAGCUGGAGUGUGCGACCAGGUUCUACCUCUUCGAGGAGCUGCUUGCAAUUGGCUCCUUGGAAGCUCUCACGGAGUUCGACGGCGAGCGAAGCUUACCGGCACUCGGUGCAGCUCGAGAGUCCGCAAACAUAAGUAACAUUGCGAAGGUGUCCGAAGGUGUCAGGAGAACAAGGGUGAGCAUGUUCCAUGACGGCUUGGUGAAGGGAGGGGAGGCUCUUGUCAUGGAAUCAGAGCGCUUUCUGAUGUUCCGACAGAACUUCUCAGCUGUUGCACUGGAAUGCGUCGCGUUUCUUGAGGAGAUUCCUGCGUGGCUACUGGCGAUCUCCAAGGAUGCAAACAGUUUCGUCUUGGUCGGGAUCUUCGGCCCAUGUGCAGGAAGCAUCCACGCUGAGAAGACCCGACGUGAUUGCCUGGAGCCCGGGUUAGAUGCAGCACGGGGACACAACCGAGUGGUUCAAUUGGGAGACGUUUGGGAGAGGGAGCGGAGAAGAAGAUUCCACUAUUUCAUCUACGCUGACGACAAUGGGGAGUUUGCAUUCAAGGCAGGAUGCUCCCCUGCGGGCUGCGGCGACAUCGGUGCGACACCCCUGGAGGGUGAGACGGCACCGUUGUUCUUCCAGCGCCUGCUUCUCUUGCAGCAGCCGGCGGUGGCUUCCCCGAUUCUGGGGGAUGAGACGUGCCGGCCAGAAACGAUGAUCAGCUGCUCAACGCUAUUGGACCACAAGUGCAUCGCUUUCCAUUGGUCUGUGCGAGAGAACUUCCGAGCCUUCGAUGAGUUUGUGGAGGUGUCGAUGCUUGCUGCGUGCGUCUGCUCACUCAACGAGGUGAUGGAGUCCGCUUAUCGAGGAUACACCUGGUCCUACCGGGCUUUUCAACGGACGGGAAACGGCACUCGGUUCGCUGAGCAUCGUGGAAACUACGUCCGAAACAUGCAUCCCUGCUUCCCGCGCAAAGUUUCGGGGCACUACGAGGACAGCCAACUCGUUUCCUGGAUGCGGCCUCAACUCUCACGCUGUGCCUCCGACCAGCUUGGGCCAUCAGCAGAGCUUCAGCGCGGCUGCAAUCCACGGGACCACUGUUUGCAGCCUCCUCCGGACGUGGAUUAUUCGACCUUCCUGCCGUGCUCUCCAUGGGCGAAGGGCCAGGACUACUGCGUGGAGAAGCCGACGAGCACUAGUCGAAGCCCAAAGGUGGACGGGCGGCAUUUCGUGGACAUUAUCAUGAAAGGCAUGCUCGGAAAUGGAUGGCCGGAUCUACCGCAUCUGGAUCCUGCCAAGCCCAGAGACCGCCUUUGCAUUCUAGGCCGACGCAACUACAAAGGCCUAGUUCGACGCUACGCGUCCAGGACGGCCUUGAACAAUGUGGUUCACUUCUCGCUCGAUCAACAAUGCAUAGACCUGUGCUCUGCGCUUCUGCUUGCGGCGGCAGUGCAUGCUGCACAACCCAGCUUCAUAGUGGCCAAGUCACAACAACUGCAAGACAUUGACGAGAACAUCAUUUGCAUGACCGCAUUUCUGCGUACCUGGUCCAUGAUGGACCUGCUGGGUUCGGGAUGGAGCUCAAUGUACGAGAUGCUUCAGCGCGAGGUUGAGCGCCGCUCACCUGAAAGCGAGAUUGGUUCUCGGGAUCCCGUUGCUUUAAUGGCUGGCGUCCCGACGGAGGUUUGGCAGUCCCUCUCCGUUCUGGGAGAUCCACGGUGGAGCGACUUUCCGUGUCAGGUCGACACCUUUGUGAAGAUCAUCCUCAAAGGAGUCCAGAACUCCACACUCCGAGCUGGUCACGUGCAUGCUGCGCAAACCUACAUCUUCAGCUGUGCGAUCGAAUCAUGGCUGCACCCAAGCAUGGCAUCAGUGUGGGCGGUCGUUGCGCUGAUCGGAC